AUGAGCAGCCACGGCAACAGUCUGUUCCUGAGGGAGAGCGGCCAGCGCCUGGGUGGCGUGGGCUGUCUGCAGAGCUUCCAGGACAGUCUGCAGCAGAGAGCACUGCGCACGCGCCUGCGUCUGCAGACCAUGACCCGAGAGCACGUGCGGCGCUUCCUGCGCAGGAAUGCCUUCAUCCUGCUCACAGUUAGCGCUGUGAUCAUUGGGGUCAGCCUGGCCUUUGCUUUGCGCCCAUAUCAGCUCUCCUACCGCCAGAUCAAGUACUUCUCUUUUCCUGGUGAGCUGCUCAUGAGGAUGCUGCAGAUGCUGGUACUCCCCCUCAUCGUCUCCAGCCUUGUCACAGGUAUGGCAUCCCUGGACAACAAGGCAACAGGGCGGAUGGGAAUGCGGGCAGCUGUGUACUACAUGGUGACCACAGUCAUUGCGGUUUUCAUCGGGAUUCUAAUGGUCACCAUCAUCCAUCCUGGCAAGGGCUCCAAGGAGGGGCUGCACCGUGAGGGCCGAAUUGAGACUGUCCCAACAGCUGAUGCUUUCAUGGACCUGGUCAGAAAUAUGUUUCCACCUAACCUUGUGGAGGCCUGCUUUAAACAGUUUAAGACGCAGUACAGCACACGAGUGGUAACCAGGACGAUUGUAAGGACAGAGAAUGGGUCAGAGCUGGGGGCCUCCAUGUCUCCCCCAUCCUCAGUAGAGAACGAAACCAGCAUCCUGGAGAAUGUCACCCGGGCCUUGGGCACCCUGCAGGAGGUGAUAAGCUUUGAGGAGACUGUGCCUGUGCCUGGCUCGGCCAAUGGCAUCAAUGCCUUGGGCCUUGUGGUCUUCUCUGUGGCCUUUGGGCUGGUCAUUGGUGGCAUGAAGCACAAAGGCCGUGUCCUGAGGGACUUCUUCGACAGCCUCAAUGAGGCUAUUAUGAGGCUGGUGGGCAUCAUCAUCUGGUAUGCACCAGUGGGCAUCCUGUUUCUGAUUGCUGGGAAGAUUCUAGAAAUGGAAGACAUGGCUGUCCUUGGAGGCCAGCUCGGAAUGUAUACUCUGACUGUCAUCGUUGGCUUGUCCCUCCAUGCUGGUGGUAUACUGCCCCUCAUCUACUUCCUCGUCACCCAUCGGAACCCUUUCCCAUUCAUUGGGGGCAUGCUACAGGCCCUCAUCACAGCCAUGGGUACCUCUUCCAGCUCUGCAACCCUGCCUAUCACUUUCCGCUGCCUGGAGGAGGGCCUGGGCGUGGAUCGCCGCAUCACCAGGUUCGUGCUGCCUGUGGGGGCCACCGUCAACAUGGAUGGCACCGCACUCUAUGAGGCCUUGGCAGCCAUCUUUAUUGCUCAAGUCAACAACUAUGAGCUAAAUCUGGGCCAGAUCACCACAAUCAGCAUCACAGCCACAGCUGCCAGUGUCGGAGCAGCUGGCAUCCCCCAGGCAGGACUGGUCACCAUGGUGAUCGUGCUCACAUCUGUUGGCCUGCCCACAGAGGACAUUACGCUGAUCAUAGCUGUGGAUUGGUUCCUUGACCGGCUUCGUACGAUGACCAAUGUCCUGGGAGACUCAAUUGGAGCUGCUGUCAUUGAACAUUUGUCCCAACGGGAGCUGGAGCUGCAGGAGGCUGAGCUGACCCUUCCCAGCUUGGGGAAGCCCUAUAAGUCACUCAUGGCACAAGAAAAGGGGGCAUCAAGGGGUCGGGGAGGUAAUGAGAGUGUCAUGUGA